UAAGUUUUCGUUGCGUGAAGAUCUAAAAAUGUUUUGUGGUCUAAAAUUGUCCUGUUGUUGGUUGGUGUGUUGUGUUCUUGUUGUGCUUCAGGUUCAGUUCACAUAUGGUCAACUUGCACAUAAUUUUUAUGCUGGCCGCUCGAUCGUCUCUGAUUCAGCAUUCAACAAGGUAUGAUUGUUUUAAGGUUUUUUACUAUUAGCGUCAGCAAACUGUCCAAUCAGUUGUAAUAACGAGAGAAAGUCAAUGGAUGGGGUGGGUAAGGCUGCGUCGACUGAGAUUCUGAACAUGCAAAGAAAGGAUUUCAUGUUUAUUUGAAUUGUAACAUUUUGGAAAUAUUUUCAACAAAUUGAACUACGCCUCGGCAAGCUACCAGAAUGCUUAACAGUACUGAACAUUCUAACACAAAACUAACGAUAAUGUAUUCGAACACUUAGCUUAGCUUGAAAGACCGACAAGAAAUAAUUAUUUCACUCGCCUUUUAUGAUUUUAGGAACCCCUAAAAGCUGAGGUAAAGGAAGUGAAAGAAUUGGCCGAUAUUCCACUUGAAAAGAAAGCAAGAUCCAGUUAUGAAAAACCGUUUUACCAGCUUUUCAACACCUUGAAGACCCGAAGAGCUCCAGUUCUUGAAUGAAACUACAACACAAACCGUUUCUGACCCGAGCCGUCACUGAGCAAAGUCAUACCUCGAUAGCGAGUCAUAAAAUUUUUCUUGUUGUAUUUGUAAUAUCAUAGCCCAG